AUGGCUAGUGAAGUGCAAAACUUUUACAGGAACAAGUAUGUCUUCCUCACUGGUGGUACGGGAUUUCUGGGCGUUGCUAUCAUCGAUAAGAUACUGCGUUCCGCACCGGAGGUGGCAGGAAUCUACCUCUUGAUGCGCCCGAAAAAAGGGAAAUCUAUCCAGGAAAGACUGCAGGAUCUCACGAAAAACUCAGUAUUUGAGCAGCUACAUGAGAUGCAAUCGGCCGACAUCUUCAAAAAGCUCAUACCAGUGGCAGGUGAUGUCGGGGAACCCUUCCUUGGCCUCUCAAACGAAGAUCAGGCGAUGAUCGUGGAGCAUACCAAUGUCGUUAUCCACUCGGCUGCCACACUCGACUUCCAAGCAACACUUAGGCCGACGGUGAACAUCAAUUUGCUUGGAACGAAACGCGUGCUGGAAUUGUGCACGCGCAUGAGAAACCUCAAGAGUAUGAUCCACGUGUCGAGCGCGUAUGUCAACUCGUACCUCACGGAAGCAGAAGAGAAGCUUUAUCCUUGCACGGAAACUGCACAGAAGGUGGUCGAUCUAGUGGACACUCUGAAUGAUGCAGCCCUUGACGAGCUCUUGCCAAAACUGCUGAAAGAUCACCCAAAUGCAUACACGUUCACGAAACAACUGGCCGAACACGAGGUCAACCAGCACGCGGCGCAGUUUCCUUGUGCCAUUAUUAGACCUAGCAUGAUUACCGGCGCCUGGAAGGAACCAACACCGGGUUGGACUAUUUCGAAAAACGGUCCGCAAGGUUUCCUCAUGGGAGCAUCCAAGGGUGUUAUUCGUCGUCUCCCAGUCGGGGUAGACUUGGUGUAUGACUACAUUCCGGUUGACGCAGUUGUUAAUCAAACGCUUGCACUGGGAUGGUACAUGGGCACCAAUAGCUUCCGGGAGGUGAAAGUAUUCCACUGUACCACCAGCACGUCGAACCCCUUCAAGUGGCGCUCGGUGGUUGAUCAGAUGAACGAUUAUCUUCACAAGUAUCCGCUGAAAUCGGCUAUUUGGUAUCCACGAUUGAAGUUCGUAUCCAGUCUGUUUACAUACAAACUUGCCUCGCUUUUUGUCCAUAUCUUGCCUGCCUUGGUGUUGGAUUUCGUGCUCAAAGCAACCGGUGGUCGGCCAAUGCUGAUGCGACUUCACACGAAUGUUUGGGAUUCGUUGAACCGAUUGGAAAAGUUUAUCUUUACCGAAUGGAAGUAUCACAAUCCAGCCACGCAACAGCUUGCCCAGUCCUUACCAGAAAAGGAUAAAAAUCUGUUCAACUUCAACGUGUCCGAACUACAGUGGCCCGAGUACUUCGUUCACCUUACGCAAGGUGUUCGACGGUACCUGAAUAACGAGCAUCCCAAGACACUCGAUGCUGCCCGUAAAAAGGAUAAAGUGUUGUUCGUGGUGGAUCUUGUUUUCCAAGUUCUAAUAUUUUCGUUAUUCGGUUGGCUGGUAGCCACGGUGCUCGGAUCAUCCUGUAGUUCGUUUUGGAUCUACGGAGGUAUCAGCUAUCUGCUGUUCAAUCUGCUCUAAAUCGAAACAGUUCGGAUACUGCGCAUGCAUUUUGUUGACCAAAUCUUUACACAUUUAUAUUCUUUUUACCAUCUUUUACUUCAACAUGUGUCGUCAAAGAGCGAAUACGUAAUGUUAAUUUCUCUUGGAUUCUUUCGAUAGUUAGUUCCCUUACCUCAUUUACUAAACAGCGUUAGGAGCCGACGCGAAU